CUGCCUCCUGCACCCAUUCCGCCGUACCCCCAUCCGCAGCCGAAAAACCCUACCGCCCGUAUUCCCCAAAAUGCCACUCGCGCCAUCAACCCCCGCGCUGCUGCCCAACCCGGCCCUCCCCUCGCCAGGGCGGCCGCGCUCCCGCAGGGCGCUCCUCCGGGCCCGCGCCGUGCGCGCGGCGCCGCGGCCGCCGAGCAGUUGGUCGGUGGGGAGCUGGCGGGACCGCCCGGCGCUGCAGCAGCCGGAGUACCCGGACAAGGCGGAGCUUGAUGAGGUGCUGCGGACGGUGGAGGCGUUCCCGCCCAUCGUCUUCGCCGGGGAGGCGCGCACCCUCGAGGAGCGGCUCGCGGAGGCGGCCAUGGGCCGGGCGUUCCUCCUCCAGGGCGGCGACUGCGCCGAGAGCUUCAAGGAGUUCAACGCCAACAACAUCAGGGAUACCUUCCGCGUCCUUCUGCAAAUGUCCGUUGUGCUCAUGUUCGGAGGCCAGAUGCCUAUCGUCAAGGUGGGAAGAAUGGCAGGCCAGUUCGCAAAGCCAAGAUCAGAUGGUUUUGAGGAGCGGGAUGGAGUGAAGUUGCCAAGCUACAGAGGGGACAAUAUUAAUGGGGAUACAUUCGAUGAGAAGUCAAGAUUGCCAGAUCCACACCGCCUGAUACGGGCGUACUCGCAGUCUGCAGCAACACUGAAUUUGCUGCGGGCAUUCGCUACCGGAGGUUAUGCUGCAAUGCAGAGGGUAACACAGUGGAACCUUGACUUCACACAGCAUUGUGAACAGGGCGAUAGGUACAUGGAGUUGGCUCACCGCGUUGACGAGGCUUUGGGAUUCAUGGCAGCUGCUGGACUCACUUUAGAUCACCCUAUAAUGACAACAACAGAAUUCUGGACAGGCCAUGAGUGCCUUCUUCUUCCCUAUGAGCAGGCGCUUACUCGUGAAGACUCCACCACUGGCCUCUAUUAUGACUGCUCUGCCCACUUCCUAUGGGUUGGAGAGCGUACUCGCCAACUUGAUGGUGCACAUGUGGAGUUCCUUAGGGGCAUUGCCAAUCCUCUUGGUAUCAAGGUCAGUGACAAGAUGGACCCAGCAGAACUUGUGCGGUUGAUUGAUAUCAUGAAUCCUGAAAACAGAGCAGGGAGAAUAACCAUCAUCACAAGAAUGGGACCUGAAAACAUGAGGGUGAAACUUCCUCACCUGAUACGUGCUGUCCGUGGGGCUGGCCAGAUAGUAACAUGGGUCACUGACCCAAUGCAUGGUAACACCAUGAAGGCCCCUUGUGGACUCAAAACUCGUUCCUUUGACAGAAUUUUGGCUGAGGUGCGUGCCUUCUUUGAUGUUCACGAACAAGAAGGGAGCCACCCAGGAGGCGUGCAUCUGGAAAUGACCGGACAGAAUGUGACAGAGUGCAUUGGUGGGUCACGCACGGUGACAUUUGAUGAUCUGGGCUCACGAUACCACACGCACUGUGACCCAAGGCUCAACGCCUCACAGUCGCUGGAGAUGGCAUUCAUCAUCGCUGAACGCCUUAGGAAAAGGAGGAUCGCAUCAUGGCCUUUGAACAGGAACCAGCUGGGUUCCAUUCCAUCAAUGGGUCUGUAACUGUGAUAAGUUCACUGUCAAGGACCAGUCCAGUUUCUUUUAGUUGCUGUGUCAAAUUUUGUGUCAUGUACUGGUAAACAAGACAACCUUUGGAUUCCAUUGUGAUAUAAAUAAAAUGCAAGUUACCUUCACCGGUU